GGCCCUUUAGAAAAAACUCCAGUGACUGAGAUUAGUUCUUUCUAAGUUGCCCAACCGAGUAGGUGUCUUAAUUUCUCACCUAAAGACUGAAACAGAUCCAGUUUCCGAAACGUCGUGUCCUCUAUUACCUAGAAUUCCGGACGAUGGGAAAAGUCCAAAAACCCAGUAAUUCUGUUAGUAAUCCGUGCUGCCGAUACACAUAUUCGACUUCUCGAUUGAGUUACGUUUUGAUCAGUAAAUUUAUUAGCGUUUGUUUGUACGUGAUCAAUGAGAUGACAAUGUAUUUGAAAAAGUAUAUGUUAGUUGUGAUGUGACUGUGAAAUAUCAAUAAAGAUAGCUGCGAAUAAGAUGGAGGAGUGAUUUAUAUAUUUAUCAGCGUUAUUACUUUAGCAUUAUGGUUAGCCUUAGUAGGAACUAUAAUACAUCAAGUGGGGGAGGAGUGUUUUUCAGUGAUGCCUCAUUGAGUGUUAGUGCUGCUGGAGAUGAUGAUGAUUCCCAGUUGUUGCAACCGGUUCUUUGUACUGAUAUGGCAAAGAAAUUCACACCACUUAAUACAGUGGUGGCUGUUACAGUAGAACUCUUCCUGUGUGUUACUAUGCUAGCUACAGCCAUUGUACUUGCUGUUGUAUGGCCAGAAAACAUGGAGCGAUGUGCACCAUAUUUUAUUAUUCUGUACAUCCACGCAGCGUUUUGGUGUGUCGCACUGAUUGUGGACAAUCACAUCAGACAGAAGCAUCAUGCAUUAAGAGUAAAUGGCUAUCUUGAAUUUUAUCAGCAUACACACCAGCAUAGUCGAAUUCCAUUUUAUAUUGUUUCUUUGUGGAAUACUGUAUUGUUGGCUUUAAGUACGGCCUUCAGUCAUCUUUACAAAGAUUUCAGGCAACAGUGCAAUAUCAGUGAAUUCUUAAAGCCAGUGAAUUAUCUGUGUGUCUUCAUUGCAGUGGAAACUACUGUUCUGGCUUAUUUCAUGGUGAUUUAUAUCUGCAAAGUGAUUAAGUUCAACAGAAGUAAGCCGCCUCCUGAUGUUCAGCGGGAAGAAUGGAUGAUGAAUUUCAUACAGGACAGUUAUAGUGGCGGUGAAGUUGGUUAUAGGGAACGUGGUGAUCACAUCCAUGAUCUCUUAGAGAAGCAGGCAGAUUUGAUUCGUUAUCUGAAAGAUCGUAAUACUAAACUUAGCCACAAAAUUAUGCUGCUCAGUAGACAGAUCCAAGGAGAGCGUGCAUAAAUUUUUACUAGCAAUAAAAUACUCUUCUUAUGUUUCCUGAAUUAUAUAGGCAAGCACUCCUGCAGUCAUAUCAGGUCAGUUAUACAAUGUGCUGUCUUUAUAAGUUCAUAUUAGCUAAUCCUUAGAUCGCUUUUACAUAAGAUUCAGUUCUGUAGUGUAGCUGGCCUAUGCUAUACAUAUGUUUGUCUUGUAUCAUCUUGUUUUCCUGUUAUUAUAAUGAGAAAUAUCUUCUUUUUUUUUCAUUCUUCACUAAAUAUUCCUAAGACCAAUAAAUCAGAGAGGAUGAAAUGGACAGGGCAUGUAGCAUGCAUAGGGGAAAUGAAAAAUGAAUAUAACAUUUUAAUAAAAAAAUAUGAAGAGAUGAUUGUUUUGGGGAUCUAGGUGUAGACAGAUUAAAGUGGAUGUUAAAGAAACAAGGUUGAGGUUGUCUGCUGGAUUGAAGUGGUUCAGUUCCAAACGCAGAAGAGACAGAACGAAAGAAGCAUGUUCUCACAAAGGAACCACAAUUUAAAUAAUGAGGGUUGUGUUGUGUGCAUCACUGUUGGUCGUGAAAUUAUGCUACUUUCUGCAAGGGGGGGGGGUCAUAUUCUCUAUGACAGUUACAACAAAGUAUAUUUUACAGACAAACUUGGAGGCGCAUUGUGCAACAUUUUAGAAGAGGAGGGGUGUAGGAAUCCCAAAAAAAGCAGUAUCAUGACAAAAAUUAUGAAUUUUUGUGAAGGUUCAGGAUUUUCAGUGAAGGAAUUUGAAUGUAAUAUUCAUUUGCAAAACUCCAAAUUGUGAAAUUAUUACUGGCUCUCUUUAUGGUGUCAGGUUUUGCUCAUGAUGUACUGUUGCUUGAAGAAGUAGGAGCAAAGUUGAAGUUGAAUUAGAUGUGAAAGGUAAAGAAAUUGUUGCUUAAUUGUAUAGACAUUUUGAUAAUGAGGAAUGUGCCUUGGCAUUACUUAAUCUAGAUACUAUCAGCAUUGUCAAAUGAAUGACAAAACUGGAGCGUGCCAGUAAGAGACUUGGGCCUCCAUUUGAUCUGGUUGUUUAUAGUAUGAAAAUUUUAACACGUGUUUAAAAUGUUAUGGGAAACAAUUUGUUCACAAGAACUUACUAGAAUUGUUGGUGACACAUAUGAUAGGAAUAAGAUAUAUAAAGUAUAAAAUAUUCAAAACAAAGACACUACUGCAUCAACAUUUGCUUUUAUGAUGUUUAUUAGAGACUCAACAUGUUUUGACCCUUUCACGGGUCAUCAUCAGGCAUACAAUGCACCAGUCUGAGCUGUUGAGUUGUAAUCACUUGUCAUUUUAUUCAUCGAAUGAGGAUCCUUAUUGUGCCUUUGAAAUUAAAUUCAAAUGUAGAUGUGUAACAAAUCUUGGGCGAAAUUUAAAGCUAAAACCCUAAGAUAAAAUUUGUGUUUAAAAUUACAGUAGUAAAGAUAAGAAAUUAAAACAAGAGAACAAAGAUUAAGACAUAAUCUUUGAUGCAGUAGUGUCGUCUUUGUUUUGAAUACAGAUUGUUGUUGUGUAAACGGUAUAUUCUAUACUUUAUAUAUCUUAUUUAUGACACAACAGGAUGCACAAUAUAAAGAUAUGAUAGGAAUACAAAUUGGAAAUGCCUUUGACCUUGACAAGCACUGUAGGCCUUUUGAAAGUAUAAAUUGUGACAUUCUGUACAUUGCGUACAUUUUAGUAUACAGUUAUUGUAGUUAUGAUAUCAGUCUACUGUUAUUUUAUACAGAAUAACAAAAAACUUACGACUUCCUGAAGAUGCCAGGUUUGUACUACAUCACCCUAGGGAGCAGCUCAGAAUUCCCAUGCUCUAAUCCCACUCUGCAUUUUUGCUCUUAAUAUAUACAUAUAUAUUAAUUUAUUUAUUCCUGUAGAUCUCAUGAAUGAUUGCAGAAUGUCUUCCAUGGUGUCAUCAGUGGGAGAACUGAUGACUGUUUCUGAAUAAUGCCUGUAUUGGAAUGUAUUUUGUUUCGUUUAUUCAAGGCCUAAGUAAAGAAGAUUGUAUAUUACACUUCAAAAUCUGUAUUGAAAAUCUCUUCUAAACAGAUACUCUAUAACUGUGUUAACUUUCUGAAUGAAAUGUUGGAAAUGACUGAAUAAGUUUGUCAGUAAUUUGAGCAGGGAUUUUAAUUUUUAUGUUGUAAUGAAUUACACUUUAUUAAUUGUUGUUUUAAGUUCUGGUGUAUAUAAUUGUCAAAUAUAACACUUUUAUUUUGUUACAUAAGAGUUUUUCAUAUAAAAGUUAACACACAUUGUAUAGACUAUAUGCUAUGUACAGAUAAUAGAACAGUCCUAUUUGUUAACAUAAUGGGAUGAUUUUGACAAUUUUAUAAUCUAAUUUUGCAAAAUAUUGUCAUAAUUUUAUAAUAAUCAUCAUCAUAAUUGUAACUGAAAGUCUCAAAUUACAAUUAUGUUUCUUCCCAUCAAAGUUGUGCAUUGUCCUUAUCUCCUUUCCUAAAUGCACUAAAAUUGCAAACCACACCUUUUAUACUUAUUGCAAUCACACAUAUAAAAAUAUACCAUUGGGCAAUAGCACCAAUGUCCCAUUGACAGCUUCACGUUUUAUAUUAGGUCCAGUUCUCUUGAUCACAUCACAUUUGAAGUGCUUACAUUUUACUGGUUUAUA